ACGGCCCCACCCCUGCCCCAGGCACUGCCUAAGCCUUCUGACCCUCCAGAGCCAUCAUCGCCAUGGAGUUCGACCUGGCUGCAGCCUUGGGCCCUGGUUCUAAGAAGCCUGAGGGAGGUCAAGUGGGAAACCCCAAGCACUGUCCUCUUAAAGCUCCGGGCCAGCCAGAGGCAGGCGCUGCUCACAAGCCGAAGCAUGGACACAGCAGCUCCUCCGACUCCAGCAGCAGCAGCAGCUCCAGCGACUCAGAGACAGAGGGAAAGAAGCACGCCACUGGCCGCAAGCAUGAAGGCUCCUCGGACAAGGCCAAGAAACCCAAGGUGAAGAAGGAGAAGAAAAAGAAGGAGAAGAAGGCCCCCCACUGACUUAUUAAAGCUUGCAGCCCGCCCCGCUCCCCAGCGCCCCCUGCCGAUCAGGAGCGGAGGCCACGCUGAACCCAUCAGA